AUGCUGUCGCGAAUUCUUCAUCGCCGUGCUCCCGCGGUAGCUCCGCGCAGUGUUUUGCGAGCUCUCAGCACCACGGCCGCCAGGCAGUCCAAGACUCCAUCGAUGGGAGACAUCAAUCCUUCCAGGGCGCAAAUCGAUUCGUUCAACAGGAAGCAGCACGAAUUCCGAGAGAGGCUGGUGGAGGCACAGAAAGAACAGGGAGCACGUGCGUUAUCUGCUAAUAAUUUCUCUGCGUCCGAGACUUCGGACCAAGGCUCAUCCAAGACUGAUGCAGGAGUUACUUCCGAAGCGAAGAAGCAUGAAGCUGAACGAAAGUCUGGUCCCCUGUCCAAUCUCAUUUAUGGCACCAAGGAAGGUAGAGAGAUGGAGGCACAAAUACAAGCUAGCUUUAGUCAGGUUCUCGCUCGCGGCAAAUAUGUUCACUCGAUUGUCUUCCACGAGGUGAAGCCAGAGAAGGUGGACGAAUAUAUGGAGCUCGUUGGCCACUUUUAUCCGAAAAUGGCCAACCUGCCUGAGAAUAAGGUACAUCUUGUUGGCAGUUGGCGAGUCGAAAUCGGUGACUGCGAUACAUUUGUGCAUAUCUGGGAAUACCAAAAAUACGAGGGUUACCACCAGUCUCGAUACUCCAUCACCCACCAUCCCGACUUCGCCGACUUUGACAGUAAACUGAAGCUGUUGAUCAACUCUAAGAAAAUUUCACUGAUGCAGGAGUUCUCUUUCUGGCCCACAACACCUCCCCGACAGCUAGGCGGCAUUUUUGAGCUUCGCUCGUAUACAUUGCACCCCGGAAACUUGUUGGAGUGGGAGACACACUGGCGACGUGGUCUUAAGGCUCGACGAGAGGUCAUGGAGGGUGUGGGCGCGUGGUUUGUUCAAAUUGGAGAGCUCAACACCGUCCAUCAUCUAUGGCAAUUUGCCAAUCUGGAGGAGCGCCGAGAGCGCCGAGAGAAGAGCUGGUCGGUUGAAGGAUGGAGCGACACGGUCCAUAAGACGGUACCACUUAUCCAGAACAUGAAGUCGCGAAUUUUGAUUCCCAUGCCCUGGUCACCAGUGGCGUAA